CAUAUUUAUUUUGUGUUUAUAAAAACCUGCACAUACAUGCAUGUAAUUUAGAAAAAUGUGAAAUGAAUACACAUUUGUAUAUAAUUUAAAUUAUUGGUAAAUAUAAAUAAAUGCACAUAAAUAUUUCUUAAAUAUGAAUGCUGUGUUUAUAAAUACAAAAUGAAAUGCACAGUACACAGACAUAUAUUAUGUAAAUACAAACUUUUAUUCUGGACGCUUUUAAUCGUGAUUAAUCGUUUAACAGCCCUAAUUUUUAGCACCUUGUGUUUACAAAAGGCAAAAUGGAAAUAGCUUAGCAAUUAAAACAAAUUGCUUAAAAACGUUUGUUUAAAAGCUGACUUAAAUAUUUUAGGUGUGAAUUCGUGUGAAUAAGUUUUUUCACUGGCUUAGUUUACUAAAUUUCGGCAUCGUUUUGUUAGUUAAACUAAAUGCAUCUAGACUUUUAGGUCAGUUUAAUAUCAUGUAAACCCAAGUGACUUGUAAAGCAAUUUUGAUGUAAUGUCAGUCCGCUUUUGAACUAAAGCUCUCAGGUUUCCAGCUUCUCAAAUGUUGUUUUACAGUUAACGGACCAAACAAAGUCUUCCACCAUGACCUGAAUUAUGUGUUCAACAGUCUGAUAUAUUACCACAUGCGAUGACGGUAACAUUUAUGAGAUCCAAAUGUCAGGCUCAGAUCUUGGCUGACACUCUUUUUUUGACCUUGACCAUGAGUUGCCGGGCCUGUUGUCCUGAAAUAUGACAGAAUACGAAUUAAGUGCCAAGCUCAAAUCUAGAAAAAUCUGACCCGUAAUUUGCACUUUUUGAGUGCUUCUGCCAUUCUGACCUUGAAGAAACUUCAGGUCGUUCCAUAUGAACGGUCCCGUCAAGCAAGUCGUUUGGGAUAAAACAUGUCUGCUUAAUGAUGUGUGACUAAACAUGUUUUCUGACGUCAUCUACCCCCCUCAUCAGAACGUGUAUAUAUGUACAUUUACAGAACACUGCACUCGCAUCUAUUCGGUUGCAGUUGAGUUGCACCAGGUCAGAAUUAAUAAAUGACUCUCCUUGUGAAAACUUCAGUGACCUCGCAGACUAUAAUCAUUGAGUCACGUGAGCUGACAGACACCUGAUUGUCCUGAAUAUAUUGUACAGGGUUUUGCUCUCACAGUGUAGGAUUUCUUCUGAGUCCAUUAAAAGCGCUUAUUGUUAUAGUUCGACCUUUAAAUGCUUGUGUGGGAUCGAGUCUUCGCAUUUCCCAGACAGACAAGACAUCAUGAGGAAAGUCUACAGCCUGGUCAGUCUCACUAAAAACAGGGAUCCAAAGGAUGCUGUGUUAUCUCUUAACGUCAAGCAAAUCCAGAAUCCUGAACAGACAACAGAAUUUAACAGCCGAGUUACCAAAACCGGUCGUCGCUCUCUGUCUCGCUCCAUUUCUCAGUCAUCCACAGACAGCUCAGGAGGCUCUGAUACAGAAUUUGCAGAGGAUGAUGUUUCUCCUCGAGACCGGCAGCAGAUCAACUCCAAAGGAAAAAGUGAUUUCUGUAUCAAGAACAUCAAGCUGGCAGACUUCGGACGUCGAGAGAUACAGCUUGCUGAGGAAGAGAUGACGGCAUUAACGGCUCUAAGAAAAGCAGCGCAGGGAGAGAAGCCACUGGCAGGAGCUAAAAUAUUAGGCUGUACUCAUAUUACUGCUCAGACAGCUGUGCUGUUCGAGACGCUGGCAGUUUUAGGGGCACAGUUCAGGUGGGCGGCCUGCAAUAUUUACUCCACCCAGAAUGAAGUGGCAGCUGCUUUAGCAGAGCGAGAUUUUCCAGUGUUUGCAUGGAAGGGUGAAUCCGAGGAUGAUUUCUGGUGGUGUAUUGAUCGCUGUGUAAAUCUAGAGGGCUGGGAGCCAAACAUGAUCCUCGAUGAUGGAGGAGACAUGACCCAUUGGAUUUAUAAGGAAUACCCUCAACUCUUUAAGAAAGUCAAGGGUGUCGUUGAAGAGAGCAUCACUGGAAUCCACAGGCUUCAUCACCUGUCCAAAGCCGGAAGGCUCUGUGUUCCAGCCAUGAAUGUCAAUGACUCUGUUACGAAACAGAAGUUUGACAACCUGUACUGCUGCAGGGAGUCCAUUCUCGAUAGUCUUAGAAAGACAGCCGAUGUGAUGUUUGGAGGGAAACAGGUGCUUGUGUGUGGGUAUGGAGAGGUGGGAAAAGGUUGCACUGCCGCUUUGAAAUCUAUGGGUUCUCUUGUGUGUGUAUCAGAGAUCGACCCCAUCUGUGCUCUACAAGCAUGCAUGGAUGGCUUUCGACUGGUCAGACUUAGCGAUGUUCUCCGACAAGUGGACAUUGUUAUCACCUGCACAGGCAACAAAAACGUCAUUGUGAGGGAACACAUGGACUUGAUGAAAAAUGGCUGUGUUGUUUGUAACAUGGGACGGUCCAAUAUAGAAAUAGACGUGGCCAGUUUGGGAACCCCAGAGUUGGUGUGGCUGCAUGUGAGAGAACACGUGGACCACAUUAUUUGGCCUGACGGCAAGAGAAUAGUUCUCCUAGCAGAGGGCCGUGUUCUUAAUUUGAACUGCUCAACUGUGCCCACAUACGUGCUCUCCAUCACAGCCACUACACAGGCUUUAGCACUGAUCGAGCUCUUCAACGCCCCCGAUGGUCGUUACAAACAAGAUGUCUACCUUCUUCCCAAGAAACUGGAUGAGUAUGUUGCAAGUCUGCACCUUCAGAGCUUUGACGGGCACCUGACAGAGCUCACAGAUGAUCAGGCCAAAUAUCUGGGAUUGAACAAACACGGACCUUUCAAACCCAGUUAUUACAGAUAUUAGCAAAGAUGGAGAAACCCUGGUAUAUUUCAUCAUAUUUAUUAAAGGAUCUGUAGGAACAAAAGUACAGAAGGCUUGACUUGGAUUCUAUCUCUUCUACUGCACACGAUAUUAGAUGUUUGUUUACAUCUACAUCAGUUUACAGAUCAGAUCUACUGUAUGUUCUUGCUAUGUUUCUGUUCAACUUUCUCAGGAUUCUGAGAUUUCAUUUCUGACACGCACCAUAUGUAUAAUUUAACUGUCCAAUCAAUCAUAGUUCGAAGAAAAUAAUCUUAUGUACCAAGUUCUGAAAUAAAAUAUCAACAGAAGACAUUCUUUUA